GGAUGCUCCUGGCUGGAAAGAAAAGAAAGCCAGGUGGCGGGAAGUUUUCGUUGGAGCGCGUCUGAAAGCGAAAGAAACUUGGCUCUCCAAUUCAACUUUAGAAUGGCAUCCAUUUCAGCUCUAAAUGAGGAACUGGAUUCUAUAACCAGUGAGCUACAUGCGGUAGACAUUCAAAUUCAAGAACUUCUGGAAAGGCAACAGGAGCUUAUUCAGAAAAAAAAUGUCCUAACAAAGAGACUAAAGCAGUGUUUAGAGAAUUCUGAUGCUGGCGAGAGCAGCGAAUGUGAUUCGUCACCUGCCUCUUGGAAUAAAGAAGAUUUUCCAUGGUCUGGUAAAGUUAAAGAUGUUCUGCAAAAUGUCUUUAAACUGCAGAAGUUCAGGUCACUUCAGCUGGAAACGAUUAAUGUAACAAUGUCUGGAAAGGAGGUAUUUCUCGUUAUGCCUACAGGUGGGGGAAAGAGCUUAUGCUACCAGUUACCAGCGUUAUGUUCAGAUGGUUUUACACUUGUGAUUUGCCCAUUGAUCUCCCUUAUGGAAGACCAAUUAAUGGUUUUGAAACAAUUAGAAAUUUCAGCUACCAUGUUAAAUGCUUCUAGUUCUAAGGAGCAUGUGAAAUGGGUUCAUGCUGAAAUGGUAAAUAAAAACUCCAAGCUAAAGCUAAUUUAUGUGACUCCAGAGAAAAUUGCAAAAAGCAAAAUGUUUAUGUCAAGACUAGAAAAAGCCUAUGAAGCAAGGAGAUUUACCCGAAUUGCUGUAGACGAAGUUCAUUGCUGUAGUCAAUGGGGACAUGAUUUCAGACCUGAUUAUAAGGCCCUUGGUAUUUUGAAGCGGCAGUUCCCCAAUGCAUCGCUAAUUGGACUGACUGCAACUGCGACCAGCCAUGUUUUGAAGGAUGCUCAGAAAAUACUGUGUGUUGAAAAGUGUUUUACUUUUACAGCUUCUUUUAAUCGGCCAAAUCUCUAUUAUGAGGUUCGGCAGAAGCCCUCAAACACUGAAGAUUUUAUUGAGGAUAUUGUAAAGCUCAUUAAUGGAAGAUACAAGGGGCAAUCAGGAAUAAUAUAUUGCUUUUCUCAGAAAGACUCUGAGCAAGUUACAGUUAGUUUACAGAAACUGGGGAUUCCUGCAGGGGCAUACCAUGCCAAUAUGGAACCAGAAGAUAAGACCAAGGUUCAUAGAAGAUGGUCAGCUAAUGAAAUUCAGGUAGUAGUGGCAACAGUUGCAUUUGGUAUGGGAAUUGAUAAACCAGAUGUGAGGUUUGUUAUUCAUCAUUCAAUGAGUAAAUCCAUGGAAAAUUAUUACCAAGAGAGUGGACGUGCAGGUCGAGAUGACAUGAAAGCAGAUUGUAUUUUGUAUUAUGGCUUUGGAGAUAUAUUCAGGAUAAGUUCAAUGGUGGUGAUGGAGAAUGUGGGACAACAGAAGCUCUAUGAGAUGGUGUCAUACUGCCAAAACAUAAGCAACUGUCGCCGUGUGUUGAUAGCUCAACAUUUUGAUGAAGUAUGGAGCCCAGAAACAUGCAACAAAAUGUGUGAUAAUUGCUGUAAAGAGAUUUCAUCUGAAAGAAAGAACAUAACAGCGUACUGCAGGGAUCUAAUCAAGAUCCUGAAGCAGGCAGAGGAACUGAAAGAAAAGCUCACUCCACUGAAACUGAUCGACUCUUGGAUGGGAAAGGGUGCAGCGAAAUUGAGAGUAGCAGGUGUUGCUCCACCCGCGCUUCCUCGUGAAGACCUGGAGAAAAUUAUUGCGCACUUUCUUAUACGGCAGUAUCUCAAAGAAGACUACAGUUUUACAGCUUAUGCUACCAUCUCAUAUCUGAAAAUAGGACCUAAAGCUAAUCUUCUGAACAAUGAGGAACAUGUUAUUACAAUGCAAGUAAAGAAGCCCAUGCAGAGCUGUUUCAGGGCUGAAUCACCUCAAAGUUGUCAUUCCGAAGGAGCUGAUAAAAAGAGGGAAGAAAAAACUCCAAGUAACUUCCAGAAGAAGUCGGAGAACAUGCUUCAGCAACCUGAUUGUAAGAUUACAGGGGCUAAGAAAAGAAAAAUUGAUAAUGCAUGAGUUGAGUGCUUCUAAAUCUUCUAAGAAAAAGUUUAUGCAUGUAUACACCAUUAGUUUUGUAGUUAAUCAAAAGUUUAAUUUUAAGACAAUUUCAUUAAUAUUUUAUUCAUAUGGAGCUAUAUUUUCAGAAUUUAUUUAAGUACUG